AUGUCGCUUCUCCGCUGCCUCCCUUCUAUCCGAAGCGAUGUCAUCACAUCCUUGCACCCUAGGAUGUAUGUGUGCAAGGCUCGUAGGUUCGCUACAGCUUCUGGAGAGCUGAAGAAAACGGGCCUUUACGACUUUCAUGUCGACAACGGCGCCAAGAUGGUGCCCUUCGCCGGCUAUUCCAUGCCCCUCGCGUACGGAUCCAUUGGUCAAGGCAAGCACAACGCUCCACGCGCGUUUGCGAGUCACAACCAUGUCCGCACCAACGCGGGCCUCUUCGACGUGGGACACAUGGUCCAGAGCAAUUUCCGAGGCGCGACAACGACGGCGUUCUUGGAGUGGCUCACCCCCUCUUCCCUGCGCUCACUCGUGCCCUACUCCUCCACGCUCUCCGUCCUCCUAAAUGAGCGCGGCGGCAUCAUCGAUGACACUAUCAUCACCAAACAUGCCGAAGACGCGUUCUACGUGGUCACCAACGCAGGCCGCCGCGACAGAGACCUUGCCUGGUUUAAAGAGAAGCUGGAAGAGUGGAACUCGAGCCCGAAGUCCGCAGGCGGCAAGGUCGAGCACGAAGUACUGGAAGGAUGGGGCUUGCUUGCCCUGCAAGGGCCUCAAGCAGCCAACUACUUGCAGGGCCUCACUGCCUUUGAUCUCCAAGGCCUCACAUUUGGCAAAUCUGCCUUUGUGCCCAUCGAAGGCUUUAACCUUCAUGUUGCUCGUGGGGGCUACACUGGCGAGGACGGGUUUGAGAUUUCUAUUCCUCCAUCGCAGACAGUCGAGGUCGCACAACUACUUUCUAAGGAGCCAGUGCAGCUCACUGGCCUGGGCGCGCGGGACAGCUUGCGUCUUGAAGCAGGCAUGUGCUUGUACGGGCAGGAUCUCGACGAAGAUACUACACCUGUAGAAGCUGGUUUGACGUGGGUCAUAGGCAAAGAUCGAAGAGAAGCUGCCGACUUCAUUGGCGCGGAGAGUGUGCUCAAACACUUGAAGGACGGCCCUCCGAGACGCCGCGUCGGAUUGAUAGUUGAAGGAGCACCCGCCCGUCAGGGUGCUAAAAUCAUUGCGCCGUCGAGCACAGAAGUCAUCGGGCAAGUGACGUCCGGUAUCCCUUCACCCACUCUGGGUAAAAACAUCGCCAUGGGGUACGUUCAGUCUGGUUGGCACAAAAAGGGCACGGACGUGCUCGUUGAGGUCAGAGGCAAGCCACGCGCGGGCGUGUUGACUCCGAUGCCAUUCGUUAAGCCGCAGUACUGGAGGGGAUGA